AAGCUGUGAGGAUACUUGCAUAAACACGACAAAGGUAUCCGCGGUGGCAAUGCUCUGUAUCAGAACGGCGUGCAACUCUCCUUGUAUAUUGCACCUUCAUUAGCCUCAAUUUCCCAACUAUCAUCAAUGACUACACCUUGUAAACAUUGAAAGCCAUCACAUCUCAAAUUUACCACGUGCUCUGGACCACCCCGCUUGCUUCCCCUGCCUUCAUUCCGCAUGAUGGAAUGGCUGUCAGCACAUCAUUUCUCAAUGCUCUCAAAGUCUCACAGCUCAAGACCAUUGCCUCCCUGACCGGAAUCAACUCGAGCGGAACAAAAGCCGUCCUUUUGUCCCGACUCCGCAAGGAGCUUCUCAUACCCAAAUUGCCUUCUCCUCUACCUCAAUAUCCGCAGGAAUCAAAGCAUGGCUCAGCACCAUCUCCCCAUUUCAUUACCGAGGCCGGAAUAUCCGGAACCCAGACAAGCACACGAAUCAUCAGCGUCGACAUGGGCAUCCGCAACCUGGCGUAUUGCGUUCUCGACAUUCCUGCAUUCCCUGUCCAAAGCCCACAGGACGAAGUAAACCCAGCACCGCCAACUCCAAUUAUCCAGGCAUGGCAGCGUAUCGCCAUUGCUCCAAAGCCAGUCUCCUCGUCGGGCGGCGUAAAACUAGACGUAGGAGACGAGAAUCGCUUGGUUUCAGCGAACGCGGCAAGCCUCGAUCCCGAAGACGAAGCUGGGCUCGCCUCAACAUCCAGUCUUGUCACCAAAGAGGCAUUCGAGCCCCCAGUAUAUGCUCGGCACGCGUACGAUCUUGUCUCCAAGACUCUCUUGCCUUACCGGCCUUCUCAGAUUCUAAUCGAGCGCCAGCGCUAUCGGUCCAUGGGCUCCGCUGCCAUCCAAGAGUGGACGGUGCGUGUUAACAUGUUUGAGGCAAUGCUGUACGCUGUCUUUGAGACGCUGUGCCGCGAAGAGAAGCUCCCUGGCAACGAGGGAAAAUCCGACAGUUUCUCGAAUAUCCCCGCCGUGCCUGCAGUCGUGCCAGUUGCGCCCGGGAAAGUCGCGUCUUUCUGGCUAGAAGAUCGCAUGGUCAGAAUGACGAGUCCGAAAUUGCACCAAAGCGAGACAACGGACUCUGAGCUUGGAGUGAUGGGGACUUCUGCGGUCUCGAAAAGCUCGAAAAUUCCGAAAAUUCCGAAAAAUUCAAAAUCUCAGAACAAAGCUUCCAAGAUCGACAUUGUAGGGAACUGGCUCAAAAGUAACUUUCUGGGUGGUGAGACAUGCACGACGACGAAUGCAUCACCUCAAAUCGGCAUCCGAGUAGGUGCAGAUGCGAUAGAUACAGCUAGGGCUUUCUUUGCGAAAUGGAAUAAGAACAAUACGAGUUCUCGCAGGGGGGGCAAGAAGUCGUCCUUGUCGUUGCCGUCGUCGUCCACGCAAAAGAAAGGUAAACAAGCUGCGGGCAAAGCUGGCAGAGAGUUGACAAGAGAUGAAGGGCCCAUGUCAAGCUCAGAUGGAGAAAAUGAAUUGCAAAUGGGCAAAUUAGAUGACCUUGCAGAUUGUCUUCUUCAAGGCAUGGCAUGGGUGCGGUGGGAGUACAAUCGACAGCGCAUUGUAGCUGGAGCACUGGACCAUGUUCUAGAGACGUCGAAGUAGUAACAACAGCAAAACUUGGAAGACUGUUUCUUUCGGCUCACUGGGCUGGUCGUUUACUAGAAAAGGACUGCAGACUUAAUCUUGGCAACGGCAUUGAGUACAAUGGUAGAGCAUCUUUCACGGUGCAAUGUAGAUAGCGAAGAAAUCUCAAUUAAAUGAAUGCGCAAGAUAGUGUUACGCCGAUCUAUUGGAUGUUUUAUUUUUCUCAGACAACCAAAAAAAAAUUAUUAGCGGAGUGACAGAAUGCGGGGAUUUGAAAGGAAAAGAAGAAGAAAAUGGCGGACCAAAGGACUCCAUUAUGCAGUGCGAGAAUAUCGCAUGAAUUUGUGGCCAGCGAAACCGCUCGUGGAAUAAUCGCCUAAAUGUGAUGAGCUACGGGG